AACAGUUUGCUGUUGCGAAGACGCAGUUACUAGAGCGCGGCUAGUCAGCGGUCAAAACAGUCCAUAUCUCCAGCUAAUUUAUAAGGGAUUACUAGUUUAAUUAAGGAGUUUUAAAUGAGUCUAGAUCAACAGUAAACAUUUACCCGCGGACUUUUUGUGUUCAACAAGAAGAAACGAUGGACAUUAACUACUAUUUUCAGGCCUUCGAGCUGAGCGUGCGCAGCUAUGCUGGAGAAGACCCCCUGGAUCCCUGGGAUAAGUUUGUGCAGUUUCUGGAGAGCAAGCUGUCGCCGGAGGAGAGGAGGGGUAUGUCAGUGGUGCUGGAGCGCCUGGUGCAGACCUUCCUUCAGGAGGAGAGAUACCACAACGACCCACGAUACAUCACUCACUGCCUCCGAUGUGCAAACUCCUGCAGCGAUAGCAUCGAGGUGUACGGCUAUCUGCACGGCCGGGGCGUGGGGACGCAGGCGGCGGCGCUCUAUAUAGACUGGGCCCGUCAGUACGAGGAGAAAGGCCAGCUGUCCCAGGCUGAGACGGUGUACCACAGAGCUCUGGAGAGCAAGGCUCAGCCGCAGGACAGUGUGCUGCAGCAGUACAGGCUCCUCCAGGGCCGGAUGAGUGCGUGUGCGAGUGCUCCGACAGCAGCGUCAGACUCGGAUCACGUGCGGCAGCCUCUUCAGAACUCACAGCUGGUGAACCAGAACCCCCGACCCAGAGACGCGGCUCAAGCACAGUGCAAGGAUCCAGAAGAGCUCUCUCCUGCUCCUAGAAUGGUGCGCAGAAUCUCGCGCUCGGAGAAUAACCCGGUCCGGUCGGGCGGCGCUAACAGUGUGGAGUGUGUGUCCAUGUACUGUGUGAGUGAGCUGCUGUGUGAGGGAUCGGAGCUGUCUUUUGAGGAGCUCAGAGCCAGGCGCUACUUUGCUAAACGCAGCCAACAGGAGGAGCAGCGCCGGCUGGCUGAGGAGCAGCGCAGGCUUUGGGAAGAGGAAGAGGAGGUGAGGAAGAUGAAGCAGCUCUUGGAUGAUCUGGAGAAGAAUGUGACUCUGCAGCCGGAGCAGGCCUCUCUUACGGGAGAUGAGGCCCCUGAGCCAGUGUGGUCCUCCAGGCCUCCGACAGGACUGCAGCUUCAGACCCAGCACUCCGCAGGCCAUGCUGGGAAAUGGGACACCAGUGUGGCAGAAAGGAGCAGUGCGGCCUGCGUCUCCCGACCAGAGAGCGUGAGUGUGUCUAGAGAGAGUCUGCUGGGACGGAUCGAGAGCUCGGCAGUGCUGCGGGAUCCCACGCGUCAGAGCACAUCCCUGAUCCACAGCAGCGGCUGCGCGGAGCCUGACGCCGCGUGUGAUCAGGGUGAUGCGGAGGCAAACGCAGACAUGUCAUGUGGCGGGUUCAAUCACUCUCAUGUCACUCCAAACACGUCUCUGGGUUUCGCUCAUGCCACACCGUCCCGUGCUCUCCCUUCUCCCACUGUCAACACGCGUGAGGCUUUGGGUGUGAUCAUGGACAUGUUUCAGGCUCCCACCCUCCUCCAGGAGUCCAUGUUCAACAGCGCCGUUCAGCCGGAGGACAGCUUUGAGAAGAGCUGCAGGAUCAGCAGCGCUCCCUCAUGUGAUAAAGCUCCCAGCGCAACUCCCUUCAUGAUUUACCAGGACAGCGACGAGCAGGAGAGCGCAGGUUCUGACCAGGACAGAAUCAAACCAGCGGUGAGCCGAGCGCUGAUGGAGAUCCCGGUGUCUAAAGCCAAUGACACUCCGGUCAGCGCAGAGUCCAUCACAGAUGAGAGCACACUGUGGGCAGCGCGUAACGUCUCUGUAGGCCCGUGUCCCAACCACACCCGUGACUUCGCCCUGUCCGCUCAUCUGGUGUCCACGCCGCUCCACCCUCACGCACCGCACUCAUGGGACAUGGAGCAGGCGCCAGAGGAAGCUGCAGGGGUCCGGGGCAUCAGCGGAUCAGAGGAGAACCCCUACGUACGACAGCCCACCAAACUCAGUCCAAUCAUGGAGCAGAGUCCGGCGGAGGAGAAGCCGGCGGAGCUGGCGGAGUGCAGCAUGCGUGCGCAGGGCACUAUCGUUGGGGAAGGUGUGUCAUUAGCUCAGCCGAGUCAAGGGCUUUCUCUGGCCCAGCACAGCCAAAGCACUUGCAGCAGCAGCAGCAGACAUCCUCUGGCCGCCCUGUCCUUCCCCGACAACACAGCCCUGAGGACACACGACGAGUCCAUGAGGAGCAGCACCAGACCCAGCUGGAGCAUUUAUCAGAGCCCGGAGAAGGAGCCCACACUCCCAGCGACAGACACAGACGCUCCACUGGAUCAAGACAGAGUUGAUGUUCUCCUGCCGAAGAGGUCCUUUCACAGGCGCAAGUCAGGGAGAAAUCCACUGGAAGAGAACCAGGAAGUCUUCCGUGAGCAAGACGUCCUCACGAGUCCGAAAGCUGCCCCGGGACUGCACUGGCUCCAGAUUAACAGCUCGACACACGCAGCAGAACCAGAUCUCGACGUCAUGAAGAGUCCUCCUGUGGUCUCCUGGAUCGGCCACCAGAGCCCAGAGGAAGCUCCUGAAACGGACUUCCUGUGGGAGACAAUCCCAGAGCCGGUGGGGCAGAAUUCAGACGUGCUCUCAGCACAGGGAGAAGUAGAUCUUGUGCUUCCCAAGAAAUCAUUCCAGCGGAGGAAAUCAGGGGUAAGAGCGCUGCAGGCGUUGCAUGAGUCUCUCUUAAUGAGUCCAAAGCAAGCCCUUAAACCGUCUCAGGAGGAGCCCGGGAGUCCAGAACCCGCACCGGGUCUAGACUGGUUCUGCGUCAACAGCCCACAGCAGCCGAGUGAACCAGAUCUGGAUGUGAUGGCCAGCCCCCCGCAGAGCUGCCGGACACCAGAUGCCCCCAUGAGCCCGAUGGACACAUCCAGAGCUGUCUGUGUCCAGCAGGUGUCUGACCCCUGGGACGAGGAGCUGCUCGUGUCUCUGCUGUCCAGCCUGCAGCCCCCUCUCUCCUCCCACCACAACCUCACCGUCUGGAGCUGUGGCCUGCCCACCAUCACACCCAAAAUGACCGUCCAGAUUGCUGGAGAGUCGCUGCGAGUGGACUUUGUUCUCGGACAGGGAGCGUUUGCCACAGUGUACCAGGCCACCAACCUCAUGAGCACACAGAAACUCUUCCUGAAGGUGCAGAAGCCAGCGAACCCGUGGGAGUUCUACAUGGACUGCCAGCUGAACGUCCGUCUGCAGCCCAGCGUGCGGCACCUGUUUAACACCAUAUACUCUGCCCACCUCUUCACGGAUAGUUCGGUGGUGGUGUUGUCUUGUGUCAUCCUCCAGAGCGCUAUAAACCUGUACAAGAGCCGCAGUGAGAAGGUGAUGCCGCAGCCUCUGGUGCUGUACUUCACCGUCUGUAUCCUGCACAUGGUGGAGCAGCUGCACCAGGCCAGGAUCAUACACGCCGACAUCAAGCCCGACAACUUCCUGUUGGGAGAGAGGUUUCUGGAGAAUGACUGCUUUGAGCAGGAUCACCUGGAGCACGGCCUGGCUCUGAUUGACCUCGGCCAGAGCAUCGACAUGACGCUCUUCCCAGAAGGCACUGCGUUCACUGCCAAGUGCAUGACUUCAGGCUUCCAGUGUGUGGAGAUGCUGAGCGGCCGACCCUGGACCUAUCAGACUGAUUAUUUUGGCAUUGCGGGGACGGUCUACUGUAUGAUGUUUGGGACGUACAUGCAAGUUAAACAGGAAGGAGGCGUUUGGAGAACCAAUGGAGUUUUCAGAAGGAACGUGCACGCUGAUCUGUGGCAGGACUUCUUCCACACGCUGCUGAACGUGCCGGACUGCAGCUCUUUGCCGUGUCUGCGCAGCCUGCGCCUGCGACUCGACGCCGUCCUGCAGCAGAAUUACAGCAGCAAGCUGCGCAGUCUGAAGAACAGACUGGUGGUGCAGAUCCUGGAGGCUCGCUCCUCACGCAGAUGAUCCUCCUGCUUCCUAAGCUUUGGUUUGGUAUGAACACCGAGGCUUCAUUCAGCCGUAUUCAAACACUGAAUUCACUUUCUGUAGCUGAGACGCUGUCUGUGUAGAAUGAUACACACUGCUUUCUUUUUCAUUGUUACUUCAUUUUACUCUGACGAUUUUAAAUUGUAAAAAAAAAAAGCCAAUUGAAGCCUUUUGUAGAUUUCAAUAAAUCUUGGUUCAGAAA